AUGCGUCACUUAACACAACUCUUGUACUCACCUACUUGUGGUUGCUGGAGUCGAGGCCUUGCUCCUGGCCCCGCCUUCCUCUGCUGGCCCAUACAUACCGGUAAAUUGGACAAGAUUUCUCCUAUAAUAGGACUUCCGAGGUCUCCUUUAUAUGUAGCUGUAACAUACAGAAAAAGUAGCAAGAGGUCUUCAUGGAAGACAAUGGCAUAUGUUGGUCCCUCCUCUGCCACUUAUCGCUGCAUAUCUUGUCUUGCUCCUGCACCAGCCAUACUCAAGACCACUGAUGGAACAUUUAUUAAACUUCUUGAAUGUUGUGCAUGUGGACAAAUAAUUGACCGGUACGUGGAAUGUGAGAAGAGUAUUAUCUUUAUGGAUAUGAUGCUGCAGGAGAUCACUGUAUACAGACAUAUUCUCUACAAUGCAGACAACUUUACACCUCAAUUCUACAUGAAGCUUGCUGUGUCUCUAGUGCUAAGUGAAGGAUAUAUCAGGUGGACGAACUUUGCUCACAAUCUCUCAGCUGGGAAUGGAAUAAAAAAUAAUGAAGUUUACUUGUAUAUAAUGUGUUUAUUAACUGCUAUUGAAAUUGGAAUAUUUGGGAUAAUAAUCACAGUUUAUUCCUGGAUAAAAUUGUCCUACAGAACAUGGUCAUCAAUUUACAAUGGACUGUUACUGGGCCAGUGUGGACGACUGGCCAACAUUGCAGCAAUUAUAUGGUACCAAGGUUCAAGUAUUACAUUUCAAGGGCUCGUGCUCAUAUUCAUUUUUAUCUCCAGCAUCCAGAGUACUAGAGCUGCACUGCGCAUAGGGAAAGCUGAGAGCACAUUACUUGUAUUCACAGCCUUCAUCUGCAGCCUUUACUUAUCUUAUAUUCUUCAACCAUUAAUAAUCAGAAGAUGACACCCGGAUUGCCAUGGCAGUGACCUCCAUCGAAGACACUGUGAGACUCCAAGCGGACAUCAACCAAAUCUUCGAAUGGGCCACUCAAAUCAAUACAAGUUCAAUGAGGAGAAAUUUCAACUACUCAGAUAUUGGAAACUUGAAGAAAUUAAAAGUGUCAGGGUAUACGACAAAUUCUAACCAUACAAUAGAGCAGAAAAGUAAUGUGAAGGACCUGGGAGUGAUAAUGUCAAAGGAUCUCGCCUUCAAAGACCACAACAAUGUAUCUACCUCAUCUGCUAGGAAAAUGAUAGGAUGGAUAAUGAGAACCUUCAAAACUAGAGAUGCCAAGCCCAGGUUGACUAUCUUCAAAUUGCUUGUGCUCUCUAGGCUGGAAUACUGUUGUACACUAACGGCCCCUGUUACAGAGUACUAUAAAAAAAUAUUUAUAUAAAAUAACGCUCCAUAUAUAAUGUCAUUUUCCGUAUAACAUAGUUCCGGGUUUGUACUGAAUCCGAACACGUAUUAUUCCCGGCCAGUUAGAGUGGCCAGGACAGGAGCAGAUGAAGUGUGUUUAGUUCAGUACCAGACAGGUGGUGACGGAGGUAAAGUCAUCAUGUUUGGGUGAUAGUUUGAGUAGGUAAUUUUGGUAAGUUUUUUAGUGUAUACUAUAGGUGUUUGUGUUUAAGUGCUCUUGUGUUUAUUUGUAAAGCCCUAGUAUGCAGGGGCCAGUGUUUUGGAGAGUAUUUAAUGUUUCCACUGUAGGCUAUGCAGCCUGCAGAAAGGGAGGGUGUCAUGGAGCCACCCUGUUCAUAAAUGUUCAUUUAUUUUGUUUAACUCAUUAGUAGCAGUGAGCUAAUGUGAACUGGAGUGUGCUGGUUUUUUGUAGUAGUUAUAAGCUGUAUAUCAGUUAUUAACAAUAUUAUAUAUAUUUUUGUAUUUUUUUUUUUUAACAAGUCGGCCAUCUCCCACCAAGGCAGGGUGACCCAAAAAGAAAAUACUUUCAUCAUCAUUCAACACUUUCACCUCACUCACACAUAAUCACUGUUUUUGCAGAGGUGCUCAGAAUACAACAGUUUAGAAGCAUAUACGUAUAAAGAUACACAACAUAUCCCUCCAAACUGCCAAUAUCCCAAACCCCCUCCUUUAAAGUGCAGGCAUUGUACUUCCCAUUUCCAGUACUCAAGUCCGGCUAUAUAAAAAUAACCGGUUUCCCUGAAUCCCUUCACUAAAUAUUACCCUGCUCACACUCCAACAACUUGUCAGGUCCCAAAUACCAUUCGUCUCCAUUCACUCCUACCUAACACACUCACGCACGCUUGCUGAAGUCCAGGUCCUUUGCCCACAAAACCUCCUUUACCCCCUCCCUCCAACCCUUUCGAGGAUGACCCCUACCCCGCCUUCCUUCCCCUACAGAUUUAUACGCUCUCCAUGUCAUUCUACUUUGAUCCAUUCUUUCUAAAUGACCAAACCACCUCAACAACCCCUCUUCAGCCCUCUAAUACUUUUAUUAACACCACACCUUCUCCUAAUUUCCACACUCUGAAUUUUCUGCAUAAUAUUCACACCACACAUUGCCCUUAGACAGAACAUCUCCACUGCCUCCUUGCUGCAGCAUUUACAAUCCAAUCUUCACACCCAUAUAAGAGUGUUGGUACUUUCAUACUUUGAUACGAAUGCAUGCUGGCCCAAGGUUCGCUGUGUUUUACGAGUAAUUUUAUAACCCCUAGACAGCAGUGUAAGCAGCCUUUAGGAGCCAGGAACAUUUUAUUAAAGUUACGACAUCAAAGUCGUAACAGCUGGCGACAUUGCAGACCUGGGGAGUGUACAAAGAACUUUCAUAGCACACAUAAGUACGAUAAGGCACCUAAACUACUGGAACGAUUGAAGGUCCUUGAUCUGUAUUCCCUCGAAUGCAGGUGAGAGAGAUACAUGAUAAUAUACACCUGGAAGGUCCUGGAGGGAUUGGUACCAAACCUGCACAUGAAAAUAACUCUCCAUGAAAGCAAAAGACUCGGCAGGAGAUGCAACAUUCCCCCAAAGAAAAGCAGGGGUGCCAUGAGUACACCGAGAGACAACACAAUAAGUGUUCAGGGCCCAAGACUGUUCAAUUGCCUCCCAGCAUACAUAAGGGGGAUUACCAAUAGACCCCUGGCUGUCUUCAAGAAGGCACUGGACAGGCACCUAAAGUCAGUACCUGACCAACCGGGCAGUGGUUCGUACGUCAGCUUGUGUGCAACCAGCAGUAACAACCUGGUUGAUCAGACCCUGAUCCACCAUGAGCCCUGGUCUCAGACCGGGCUGCAGGGGCAUUGACCCCUGAAACCCUCUCCAGGUAAACUCCAGGUAAUGAGCAUGGAACCCAUCCAUAUGAAACUCUUAAGAAAACCAGUUUCCUAAAGGAAAGGCAAAGAGGCCUAGGACUCAGGAAAAAGAUGGCAUACAAGAAAAAGAAAAAGUAGCUACUGUCAGCAUGAAAAAAAAGGAAAAAACUUUUUUUUUUUUGCUGACAUCAUAAGGGAUGACUUCGUUCUCGCAUAAGCGAUCCAAGGGGAUGGAUGGGAAUAAAGUAAGCUUAGACAUUAUUGAAGACAAUGAAGACGGAACAUGGCCUUAUUAUAAUGGAGGAUCCUAAAACUACAACAUGAGAUACACUGGAAACCCAGGAACCAUCAUGAUGCUAAGGAAAAAAAAAAAUCACAUACAAAGAGGGGGCAACAAGGCUAUGCAGACCUGGAGCAUGUCCUCUUUGGGUUGUUCUUUCCACCAAGAUAACUUUAA